AUGAAUAUUGCUUCGUUACCUGUGACUUGGAAAUCUAACAAGAAGGCUUGGAUGACGGCCSAAAUAAUGGAACAGUGGUUGCAAUAUUUCAAUGCAGAUAUGCGAUCACAGAACAGAAAUAUUUUAYUAUUUUUGGACAAUGCGACAUAUCAUCCUUACAUUGAACUGUCUAACGUGAAAAUGCAUAUGCUACCCCCAAACACCACUUCGGUUUCUCAACCGAUGGACCAAGGAGUUAUUUACACCUUUAAGUCGUACUAUCGUAAAUUUAUGCUACAGUCGCUAGUGUGCAAAAUUGAUAGUUCUACUUCGGUUCACCAGCUUGCUACUUCGAUAACUGUCUUAGACGCUGUAAAUUGGAUUUCUUUAUCGUGCAAUAGUUUGAAAAAUGAAUGUGUACAAAAUUGUUUCCGUAAAGCUGGAUUCUUGAUUGAUGGAUCGGACCUGAGACUUACUAAUAGUAGUUCUACUUUAGUAUCAUUGUUGGAAGUUCAGGAAUAG